AUGUCUUCGCAAGCAAACUGGAACUCAGUGACUGGCAUUGCCACGCUGCUGUUCGAUGGCAAUCUGGUUGCUAUUGCCAUAGCUAUCCUCUUUACAUUCGGUGUGCCCAUAACGCUGCACAUCCUCUUCUUCCGGGCUGUAGCAUCUCCGCCCUCGAGCAAUUUCCUACUCCUGGGCCCCAGUGGAGCUGGCAAAACCGCCUUUACGACCUUGCUUGAGGCUAAGUCUUCACUCUCGAACACGUCGCCCAGCACCCACACUUCCCAACAGUCGACCCUCGUGACCGUUACCUUACCACCAACUGUCCCGACUGGCUCGAACCGGUACCGAUCUGUCAAUGACCCCUCCUUGAAGGAGGCCACCCGGAACCCUAUCAGAUACCGCGUGAGGGAUACUCCUGGCCAUGGCAAGCUCCGUGCCUCGCAAGGGAUCUCCGAGCUCCAGGCUAUGUCCCAGUCAAAGGAUAUAAAGACAAAGCUACGAGGCGUAGUGUUCAUGGUUGAUACUGCUGCUUUAUUGGAUGAAGCGACGCUCCGUGACACGGCGACCUAUCUGCAUGACGUGCUUCUCAUCCUCCAAAAGCGCGCCAAGAACGGGUCAUCCAGCAAGCGGACCACUGAAAUUCCCGUCCUGGUCGCAGCGAACAAGCUGGAUCUCUUCACGGCACUGCCACCAGGCGCUGUGAAAGAGAAGUUGGAGUCGGAAAUUGAUCGCAUUCGCAAGUCGAAGACCAAGGGUCUUCUGGAUGCGAGCGCGGAUUCUGGCUUGAUGGAUGACGAGGAGAUCUUGGGCAACGAUGACCAGGAAGCCUUCAGCUUCAAGCUCCUGGAGCACGAGGUCGGCGUCAAGGUUGAGGUUGUUGGAGGUUCUGUCAAGGGUGACCCCCAGGAGGAACUCGGAUCUGGGGUGCGCCGCUGGGAGGAGUGGAUUGGCAUGUGUUUGUGA